AUGGAUUUUCGUAUUUUCCCAUCAUGUCGGUUUAUUCUCGUCGCAAUUUUCAUCUUCCACGGCUCGUGUUAUUCAGAUGAAGCUGGAAACUAUAGAUUUAUGAAAGAUGCUACAUCAGCACCAACGUCAUCUCACUUUGACUACAUAAUCAUCGGAGGAGGAACCGCCGGAUGUGCACUAGCCGCAACGCUCUCUCAAAACGCAACCGUUCUAGUCCUCGAACGCGGCGGGUCACCUUACGACAACCCAACAGCCACAGACAUCGGCAACUUCGCAAACACACUCAUAAACAUAACUGACCCAAACUCCUGGUCGCAGCUGUUCAUCUCCGAAGACGGCGUUUUCAACGCACGCGCACGCGUGUUAGGAGGAGGAACGGUGAUAAACGCUGGCUUCUACUCACGUGCGGAAGAUGAGUUCGUUGCGGAAGCUGGUUGGGAUAGAGACGAGGUCGAAGCGGCUUACGAGUGGGUGGAGAGGAAAGUGGCGUUUGAACCGUUGGUUGAGAGAUGGCAAACUGCGUUUAGAAACGGGCUUUUAGAAGCUGGUGUGGUUCCGUAUAAUGGUUUCACGUACGAACAUGUGUAUGGGACGAAAGUAGGCGGUACGAUAUUUGAUAGAAAUGGUCAUAGACACACGGCGGCUGAUUUGUUGGAGUAUGCUAAUCCAAGUACACUUGUUGUCUACUUGUACGCUUCUGUCCAUAGAAUCCUCUUCGCCAGUAAAGAAAAUUCAAGGCCCAAGGCAUAUGGGGUGAUAUUUCGGGAUGCAAAUGGAGUGUUCCACACAGCUGAACUCGCAGUACAAGACGCAAUGAGUGAGGUGAUCUUAUCAGCAGGUGCCAUCGCAAGUCCACAACUAUUGAUGCUGAGUGGUGUAGGCCCCGCGGCCCAUCUUGCAGACCAUGGGGUGAAUCCAAUCAUCUUAGACCACCCAAUGGUUGGACAAGGGAUGGGUGAUAACCCGAUGCACCCGGUCUUCGUUCCUUCUCCUGAACCCGUCGAGGUGUCCCUUGUCCAAGUCGUUGGGAUCCCCAAGUUUGCUAGUUACAUUGAAGGUGGAAGUGGCUUAAGUCUCUCCAUUAGUUUGACUCGUAUAUUCUUCAAUGGCGUUUUGGAUCUUCUUAAUAAGCUAAAGUUACCUAGCCAAACUAUCUCAAACCUUUUGAAAUCUUUUGAUCUUGGAUUAAACGUGACUACACAAGCGGGUGUGAUUGUACAUAAAGUGUCUGGACCUCUCUCGAGAGGUCACUUAGAGCUGCGGAACACAAAUCCAGAUGAUAACCCUUUAGUGACAUUCAACUACUACCAAGACCCAGAGGAUUUGAAUAACUGUGUUAAAGGACUUAGUGCUAUCAUAAAUGUGAUAGAUUCCAAGGGAUACUCCAGUUACAAGUACCCUGGAGUGAACGGGCGGGGACUUUUGAAUCUCAUUCUUGCUCUUCCUAUCAAUCUGAGGCCAAGGCACAUAACUUCGACGUUCGAUUUGAAGCAGUAUUGUAUGGAUACGAUAAUGACUAUUUAUCAUUACCAUGGAGGUUGUCAAGUUGGAAAAGUGGUCGAUAAUGAUUACAAAGUAUUAGGGAUUGAUGCUUUGAGGGUCAUCGAUGCAUCCACAUUUCUCAAGUCUCCAGGGACUAAUCCUCAAGCCACGAUCAUGAUGCUAGGAAGGUAUAUGGGGCAGAAGAUUCUUCAAGAGAGGGAGGCUUUCCGAAGAUAAGAAACAAAAAAAAAGAACAUAUAUUUUAAUGAUUGUCAAAAGUCUGGAGAUAAUUGGAACAAUCAACUUCCGAAGAAAGGUAAUUAUGAUGGCAGUAUGAGUCUAGUGUAUAUCACAUAUUACAAAUAUCUCUUUACAAGGAUAUGUAUAUGUAAUUUUUUUUAAACAGAAAAAUGUGAAUGCAUUUUGUUCAUGAACAAAGUGAUUUAUUGAUGUUGUUAUUUAUUAGAAAUCUU